GCGCCACUUCCAGACUGGACCAAUCUCUCAACACCGGCUAUGACCAGGUGAAGCUGCAGUGCGAGGAAGUGACGGUGAUCACGAACGGUGGUUCCCGAACGAUGGACGAAGAGCAGGCCAAGCGGUACCUCUGUGACAGAGCAGAUCUGAAGAAGCAGAAGGAAGAGAAGAAGGAGUUCUCCUACACAAAGGACGCGAAGGAGUACCGGGAACAGCUAGCGGCCAAGGUGAAAUCUGAAAAAGAAGAGAGGAUUCGAAAGUACAGGGAGUCGAUAGCUGCCAGCAAGCGAUAG